AAAUUUUGUAUUUAGUGUUUGUUAUUCAUUCAUUCGAAGAUGUCGUGGUCUUUGAAAAUAUUUAAUAAAUUCCCAAUAAAUUUAUCAUCGAGUAUUCAUGCUCGAGCAUUUAAUUCCAAAGCCAUAGGCAUUCUUGGAGUUCCAUUUGACAAAGGUGCUGGGACACGUGGUACUGAUAAAGGACCGAAUGCUCUACGAGAAGCUGGUCUAAUUGAUGAGAUUAAGCACAUUUCCUCAAAUAUUGAUGUUAAGGAUUAUGGUGAUGUUCAUUAUGAAUUAAUGAACACUAAUGGAAGGAAGAUUCAUAAUUUGAAUGAUUUGAGUGAUGUGGCUGCUUGCAAUAAAGCCUUAGCUGAUCAAGUUGAGAAAAUUAUUAAGGAUAACAGAAUGCCGAUAACAUUAGGUGGUUGCCAUAGUAUAGCAAUCGGUUCAAUUAGUGGCGUUUUAAGAACAACAACACCAGAUAAUUUAUGUAUUUUGUGGGUUGAUGCUCACCUUGAUUUAAAUACAAAUACCACCUCGCCAACCGGUAAUAUGCAUGGAAUGCCAGCAAGUUUACUCGUUAAAGAAUUAAGAUCAAAUUGGCCCACAAUACCCGAACUUGAAUGGUGUAAGGCGGAUCUGUCAUUAAGGAAUUUCUGUUGGAUUGGUUUGAGAUCAAUAGAUUAUUAUGAACGCAUCAUGAUGGAGCAAUAUGGAAUAAAAUAUUUUGAUAUGCGUGACAUUGAUAGAAUGGGAAUCGAUAAAGUGACUAAUGCGGCAUUAAAAGCCAUAAAUCCGAAUGGUGAUAGGCAAUUACAUGUGAGUUUUGAUAUCGACUCCUUGGAUCCGCUUUUUGCUAAUUCAACAGGCACUCCAGCUGGUGCCGGUUUGACCCUUCGUGAAUGUCUAUUUCUCAUGGAAGAGGUACAUCGAAGUGGAACCCUUUCUUCAAUGGAUUUGGUCGAAGUAAAUCCUCUUGUCGGUGAUGUUCGUGAUGUUACAAAUACACUCAAUUCAGCAAAGGCAAUUGUAUGUGCGGCAAUUGGAAGCAACCGAAGUGGAAAUUCCUCUUGAACUUGUUAAAUUAACCUUAACUUGUUUUAUUUUGUUAUGCUCCUUGUAACAUGACUCUCUACAUAAUGUCGUUCCAAUUCACUUCAUAAUAAUUUGUGUGCUUACGAAGCUUGUACGUAAAAAGUAAAUGAGAUAAAUGUUGUUGUAAAUUUUAAACUGUUUUAAAGUGCCAUUAUGGCACCCAUGGGUAAAAUUUGAUUCAAUAAUUUAGUUUUGUGUAAAAGUUGACAUUGCCAUCAUAAAUUAUAUUAACUAUUUAAGACGAGGAAGAAAUGGAGGAAAUUUGUUCGCGCUGUUGAGCACAAAAUACAUUUUAACUUUUUAUUUCCUUUUUGGGGUGUGUGCGAGUGUCGUGUCACAUUAUAAGUUUUUGUAAUUAACACUCCAAGUAGCUUGUGACAAUAAUUUUGAACCUUAAUAAAUUUUUGAAAAAUCAUAGCUUUGAAGAUCUGCACUGAUAUAGAUUCCUGGAGCUG